CUUGCAAAGUAGAUAAAUUAAUCCAUUUGUGUGUAUUAAAUGUGAACGACGAUUAUUAUUGUCCCUUUUCUCUGUCUCAUAGACGAUGUAUGAGAUGAGUUUAUUUAUGAAAGGGGAAUUUUAGAGAGGUUUUUAAGAAAGGGGGAGGGGUCGUCAAUGCGUACGCGUACGCGCGCGGCAGCAUUGUUUUUGCUAAACACGUGUGAUUAGCCGAGCGGACCUGUGCUGUGCAACAAGGGUCGAGAUCGAGACUGCCGGAUAGUCAAAAUUAAACGUAUCUUAGGGAAAUAAACCUCAAAUAAAAUGGCUGUUUUCAGGAGAUUCAGACCACUGUUUGACCGGAUCCUUGUGGAACGACUUGUCCCCGAGACCAAGACCAAAGGAGGUAUCAUGAUCCCAGAGAAGGCUCAGCAGAAGGUCAAUCAAGCUACCGUUGUAGCAGUAGGAGCAGGGUCUAGAGAUUCAUCGGGUACUGUGCACAAGGUCGCUGUAGAUGUUGGUGAUAAAGUUCUACUUCCAGAAUUUGGAGGAACCAAGGUUUCAUUUGAAGAGAAGGAAUAUUUCAUCUUCAGGGAAGGCGAUAUAAUAGGAGUUCUGAAUGAGGAAAAGUGAUGGAGAUUUAGAACAAUAUCUAAUUAUAACAUGUGACCACAGCCAGUGUUGACUCCUAUUCGAUGCAUGUAUGAUGUAUGGUGUAAAUAUGAAGAUGAUUUAUUGGUUGGAUGAUGGUGUUGCUUUUCUACAAGUAUUUGUCUUUGUAUUUUGAUAUGUUGCAGUCUUGGAUUUGCCUAAAAUGGAAAGUUCAAAUAUUAUGUUAAUUUACUCAUUUCCGUUUGCCUCAUAAAGGCUCAUAUUAUAUUGAUUAAUGAUGGGAAAAUGCGUCAAUACAACCCCUUUAUCUUGCUUUUAACUCUACCCAGUCCAGUUUACACAGAUUUCGAAACUGCAUAGCAUGACCAUCUAACCCUGCUGCAAUAUUAUGUUACUAGUCAUACAAAUAUUUUUAAAAGGGUGACAGUAUCCUUGUAUUUCAACUACUAUCACUGUCAUAAGAUGGCAAUUUGUUUUAGAUACAUGUACAAGAUUUUAUCAGUAAUGAUUUAUAUCAAGCCCCCCUGUGUAAAGCAACACUUAAAUUUUUCUUGGUAAUCUGUUACCCUGGCUCUGUUUCAUGAAGCUUGUCAGCACUGACAAUGUGUCAUUCUCCAAUAGUUACCAUAGUAAACACUUACAAGCAAUUCUUGGCCAAUGGGAACCAAGAACUUCACUGAAAUUGUCAUAGCUGACAAUGUAAUCAGUGUUGUCAACUUUCAUGAAAUGGUGUCCACUAGUUUAUUUCUUAUCCUAUCAGUAUUGAAAAAAAUAGAAAGCAAACUGGCUCUGUGAUUGUAUACUAUUCUGUUGGCCUGGUGCUUUAUACAUAUUAAUUACAUGAACAUUGUAGUACUGACAACUGUAUUCUUAGCAUCAAUUCCGAUGGUCGUUGUGAAUUGCUCCUUGCAUCCUGAUGCUUAUCUCAAGUUUUGGCUGUUAAAUCAUCAUUAACCAAAAUAGUGUUUGUACUAUGUACCUUUGAGGUAUGGAUAUGUCAACAUUCAUGAAUGAAUAGCACCAUGUAUGUAAAAUUAUGACCUGAUCAUGUUGAUUAAAACUGAAUUACAUUGUA